CGUGGGUCGCUUUAGUCGGGCAUGGCAUCCCCGUCGCGGAGGCUGCAGACCAAGCCGGUCAUCACCUGCCUCAAGAGCGUCCUGCUCAUCUACACCUUCGUCUUCUGGUUCUCUGGCAUUAUCCUCCUGGCGGUCGGCAUCUGGGGGAAAGUCAGCCUGGAGGUGUAUUUCUCCCUGUUAAAUGAGAAGGCCACGAACGUUCCCUAUGUCCUGAUUGGCACCGGCACCGUUGUCAUUCUCUUAGGCACCUUUGGUUGUUUUGCCACCUGCCGGGGAAGCACAUGGAUGCUGAAAUUGUAUGCCAUGUUCUUAACUCUCAUCUUCCUUGUUGUGCUGGUAGCUGCCAUUGUGGGCUUUGUCUUCAGGCAUGAGAUUAAGGACAGCUUUAAGAAGAACUGUGAAGUGGCUGUGAAGUACUACAGUGGAACCAUAGAUAAACGCAGCAUGGCAGUUGAUACUAUCCAGAGCACUUUGCACUGUUGCGGCGUUGCAAACUUCACCGACUGGAAUCAAACCAACUACUUCAAGCAGAAGGGAAUUCCCAUGAGCUGCUGCAAGUCUCCAGGGAAUUGUACAGCAGAAGAUUUGAAAGAUCCAGCAAAAGCCAUGGGGAAAGUGUAUGACAACGGUUGUUACAGUCUGGUGAUCCAAACGAUGGACUCCAAGAUGAGCAUUGUAGCAGGGAUUUCGUUCAGCAUUGCUUGCUUCCAGUUGGUUGGGAUUGUCCUCGCCUGUUGCCUCUCCCGGUCCAUCACAAAUAAUCAGUAUGAGAUGGUGUAACUUGCAAGCCUGCAGGUCUGCAACUCACUACAAGAAUUUUUGGGACACUUUAUAAUAAAUUAUGCAUUGUUUUGGAAACCCAUUUCCUGGCAGGCCCAAGCUGAUGAAAUCCUGUUUGAUCAGACUGCGCUCAACCUGUUCGCUGGAGAGGACCGUGUGCAAAAACAGGUGUAUUCUGCUUUAGGAUGUCGUCGCUUGUUGUGCUAUUCUGAAGGAAUGUCAAAUGGGACAAUUAGUGUAGGGCAAGUGGUUAGCAUAGCUCCUCCAAGCAGGGAGGCUGGCUUACUGCACAGCCCCAGUUGUGCUGUGAAUUGUGGAUUUGGCUUCCUCUGCCACUUGCAAAUUCUUCAGCAUACUAGCUUUUUAAAAACAAACAAACAGGGAGGGAGGGCUUUUGGUAGGGCUGUCGAUAGACUAAAGAAAGUUUAGUUGCAUAGUUAUUUACUUCUUAAUUCCAUUUAUUUAAAUAGUCGUUGUAUUAAAAUGUCAAAUGAAGUAAACACCAUAGCUUGGAAUUUCUUAAAGGUGCCUUUCCUCCAGUGUGUUUCAUUCUGUAUUACAGAAGCACACCAGUGCCAAAGUAGCCUCAGCAACAUAACAUUCUCUAUUGUUAACUCACAGCCCUGCCAAUUAACGCCUUCCUGUUCUUGAAGCUAGACUACUUUCAUGUGUUUAGGUAGGCUGCCCUUGCUGACAGAUUGGAGGCUUCAGCCGGUGCACACUCCUGUGACCCUGCUUUCUGAAGAAACUUGUUUGUGAGGAACGUAUUGUAACCAGUGCUGGAUCCUUCUUGAGCUCAGUACAAGGUGCAGGUGAAAACCUCUAAUGCCCUAAACCACUUCAGCCAAGCUUGCAUCACAGGCUGCUUCCAUCACUGUAUUGCCUUUAAGGCCAUCCCUCUCUUACCUUUAACAGCAACCAGAAACACUCUUUUAAGUACACUAGGCACCAUAUUAGAUUAGCAGGUGUGAGCACAGAAAGGCUCUUAACUUUUGAAUUCUAUUUCUUAGAGAUUUGCCAAAACCUGAGCCUCUGUGUCUUCUGGAAGGGCCGUGAAAUGGUUGUUUGAUCGUAAUAAAUUUUUGAUUGGUUGAUUUGAAAGGGGCAUGAGUGCUCUCCCCAAGCCCCUGGCCUUUGAUGCCCUGGGAUUGGGUAGAAUCCGAAAUGUAUUGUUACCUACUCUAAGCCCAUGGAAUAGGGUUGGCUACAAGUCCGAUGAAUAGACAAAUAAUGAGUACACUAAAGCAAAUGUCUUGCCUUGCAGUAAACCAGCGUCCCUGCCAUUUGUUUUUUUUGAAGGUCUCAGUGAAGUACAGCAGCUGAUGUUACACUAAGGCCAUAUUUGCACAGCUCAGGUUGAUGAACACUAAAGCUGGAGUGCUGAACUCCCUUACCAUGGAGCAAGUCCUGGUGAGCUCUCAGUGGGACUAAACUUCAGAGUAGACACAGCAUAGGGUUGCAGUGCAAAGGUGCUUGAAAUCCCGUCUUGAUAUGUUCUUACUGUGAGCCUAAAGUGAGGAGGGAGCAGAAGUAUAUCUUGGAAAAAGGAGUGUAUGUACUCCUUCUGCACAAGUGUUUCUGGGUUGCCAGAGAGGGAUUCAUCCUGCCCUUCUUCCACGCAGCCUCUCGUCAGCCAUUUCUCUCCAGCUAACUUCUAUCGGUACACCUAAUUUGCUCAUGUGGACACAGCCUUACUCGUUUUAGUGCUAGUUCUUCCUGAGGUUCUCAUAAGUGCUCUCUUUCCUUGGAAAAGAGCCUCCUAGCUUUCUAGGCAGGAGGGUUGGUAGCAGCUCUCAUUCAUUUGCUGCAACCUCUGCCUCUUAUCCAUCUCCCCGCCCCCCAAAUUGGAGUUGGGAGGGAAAAAAGAUUCUUUUCUUUUGUGGCUGUUGAAAUAAAUGCAAUCUUUUCAGCCUGGAACCCUGUCCUUGGCAGAAUGUUGGCUUUUUCCUCCCAUCAUUCUUCCCCGUGAAAUUUUGAUACUACUUUUUAAAAAAAAUAAAUGUAUUUUGAUAAAGUUUUUAAAAAUUGGGCUGUAGUGAUCUUUUUGUGUGUGUGCUGUGAGGCUCCGUGGGAGAGCCUUUUUAACCUUUACAGUCCCUGCCCUGCUGGGUUUGGUGUGAUCUCAGUCAUCAGUAUUACUUGAUGCUUUACACAUAUGUUGAUGUUUUGUAUUAAAUAGGAAAUCCUUGUUGUCUUGAAAAUAAAAUAAACA